AUGGCGGAGGAAGACAGUGUGUACGAGUUAGAGGAGCUUGAAAAACAAUUACAGAGUUUGUUGAUUCGUUACACAAGAGAUGAACUGCGAGCCGAUAGUAAACCAUUCUGCUCUGACUUUUGCAAGCUGGUGGAGGAGUAUGCCUCUCGCUGGCAGGUGCCACUGCCUCAGCUCAGGAUCCUUGGGGUAGCUCUGUGCUACUUUGCUCAAGCCGCCACCUUCUUCACAUCAAACUGUGAUCAUGUGCUCCACACACUCAGUAGUCUGGCAUUGAGUGUUUUUGAGUUGCUGCUGUUCUUUGACCAGAAGGACUUACAUCAGGGGCCACUGAAACACUUCACUAUUACAUUCCAGGAAUGUCAUUUGGCCCUUGCGAAGCAUCAGAAUGUUCAUUUACUUCAGGUUGAGCGUUUGGUUCGGAGUGGCGGGCUUUGGGCCAGCCCAGCCUUGCAAGCAAUCCUCAGUGAGUCCAGUUUACCUCAGAGUGAAGUGGAUGGUUGCAUCAGAUCUGAGCCGCCAGUGUUCUUUGAGCUUCGGGUGCGCUACCUCUUAUCCUGUGAGCGGGUCAAUGAGGCUAUGGCCCUGGCCAAGUGUUGUGCUUGGCAUCCUACAGCAGGACAACACUUGUUCUUCCUCCAGGUCUACCUCACGUGGCUUUUAAAAACUUCACAGCAUGACAGCCUACGAAAAGAGGUGGCUGACUUAAAUGGCAAAGAUGCAGUUCAUAUCAUAUGUAGUUUGGAGUGUGAGGAAAAGGAUGAGUUGUUACUCGCCCUCAGCAGAGCCUUCCUCUCCCAACAGCUCCGCAGGGGAGACAUGUACUAUUUGUGUGACCUUGUUUUCAUAUGGAGUAAACUUUUUCGGCGGUUGAAAACAUUGAAGCAAGCUCUGCUUGAGGAGAGUCAUCAGCUGAUGCUGUCUGCCACCAAUGUCAACUCAAUCUUCCCAUUCAUCAGAGCUAUCCUGCAAGAACUGGGUGAAGAUGGAAUCCAGUUCUGCGUGGAGCUUUGUGCUAAUGCCCUGCAGUCUUGCCUUCCCUGUGAUGUCAUCACCAAGUCCCUAAUCUACAAAACCAUUGCCGGCCUGCUACCCAAUGACCUGGAGGUUUGCCGGGCCUGUGCUCUUCUCGUCUUCUUCCUGGAACGCACUGUUGAGGCCUACAAGAUUGUGUACCUUCUUUACAUGCAUCCUGAUCAGGAGUACCUUGUGGAGUACGGCCCCAUCAGUAAUCACGUUCGCUUUGAAACCCUGCAGGUCUUAAAGAAGGACCUGUGUUUUGACCCAGAGUUUUGGAACCUCAUUGCUUUGCGGACCAACUGUUUGAAGCUUAUGAGUGAGGUGGUGGUCACUGCUGCCCUUGAGGAAGUAAUGGAGGACAAAUGGAUUCUAAACUAUUGCACCAAAGAACCUGCUUUGCGAUCAAGCACAUCAGUAUGUCAGAAACGAAGUAAAGGGUCUAAGAAGCGGCACCACAAAGAGGACAGACAUCAUAAAGAUGAUACUGACGCUGCAUCUAAAAGACUAAAGAUGGGCAAAACACGGAUAAAUGUUGACCACACUGUCAAGAGGAAAGGCAGCCAAGGGUCACGACCUUUGAAGGACGCAUCAUCUGAACCUUUGAGGCGUUCAUUUUGGCAGCUAGACAGACUACAGGACAAUGGGGGGUAUGGAGAACUUAGACGUACUACACGACUCUCAGAGAAGAACCCACCAAAACGGAGGAUCAGAAAGCCCAAGUGGCUUCUGGAAGACUCAGGAACUCUUGAAGAGAAUAAUGUUUCUCCGAAGAUGAAAAAGUAUGGGUCGAAACAUCAAAAGCACCAUCAGUCAUCUGUUGAAAAGAGGCCUGAAACUGGUCAGAUCAAGAACAAUGCAAAACAUAAACCUGCAGUAAACUCUCAUUUAAUGGCAAAGGAAAACAGCAGCAAACACCAGAAGGGAUUUUCUAUGGAUUGUCUCCAACCAGACUCCCCUCCACAAGUAAUUCUUGAGCUCUCCCUACCAGACAAUGAACUGAUGGGUAUGUUUAUUGAGGACAGUUGCAGCAGACAGAGAGGGUUCCCUCAAGUGCUUCUUUACAAACCAACAGUGAAGCUUCCUACCACAUCACAACCUGUGAAGACUGUGCAUGGCAAAGAGGUGAUCCUUAGAGCACGGGACGCAACGAUGUUUGUAAAACAGUUGCACUGUUACGCUCGGCGGCAGAAGGGAAAAGGUAAUGGGUCGAAUAUUCAAGGCUCAGUGUCAACAAUCACACGCUCCUCCGUGCAAGGAAGUCCACCAAAAGGUCAACACAUAGAGCUCUGUGAACAGCCUGCCGCUGAGAUGAAAGGUGGACUUGCCAAUCAGACACCAGCAGCAGAUGAAAUUACAGAAUCCCCAGCUGUGGAAAAAUUACUUCAGGUUCAAACUACAAAAACAGUCUCACGAAAGACCUCUUCAUCCAGAGAGCCCUCUGAAAAGUCUUCUGUUGAGAUGAAAGUCACUGUUGCUUCCCAGACACCUGCAGCAGCAAAAGCGACAGAAUACCCGGUUUUAGAUAAGGUCCCUCGAGCUCAAAUCACAGGAAAAGUCUUGCACAACAAGACUAGAGAGCGCUCUGAAAAGUCUGCUGCUGAGAUGAAAGUUGCCAAUGCAUCACAGACAGUAGCAGCAACUGAAGUGACAGAAGCCCCAUUGUUAGAUAAUGUCCUGCAAGCUCAAGCCAGAGAGCUCUGUGAAGAGUCUGCUGUUGAGAUGAAAGUCACGAUUGCCUCACAAACUCCAACAACGGGCAAAAUUAUUCAAUCCCCUGGUUUUGACAAGUUCUCUAAAGCUCAGGCUGUAAAAGAUGUUUCAAAAACCACAACUGAGGUUUUGCAGACCUUAACUGUAGACAAGAAUCAGAUGGUAGUUACUGAAGAAAUCCUACCAGUCUCCAAUGCAGCCAACAUUUCAAACAUUGGAGCUGCUGAUCCCAUACACUUACAGUCUCAAGAUGUUGUUCUUAGAAAUGGCAAAGAACUUGAACUGAAGUCACUCUCCUCUCAGGCUGAAACUGGCUCUCCAGAGGUGCUCACCACAGUCAGCAACAGCAUUUCUGACAUUUCACACAAACUCUCAGAAGGACCUGUACCUUGUGAAAAUGACAGAAGCCCUGGAGGAACAAUGGUCACAAUUUACGCACCCACAGAUCAGGACAGUAUAAGUGACAUAUCUGCUCUGACAUUAGUAACGGAAAUGGUUACUGAACUUGCACCUGAGACACUUGCUCACAAAGGUCCAGCUCCAGAGGACAGUGCCACCAACGAGUCAAGAGCUGGAAGUAAACAUGAAGUUCCUUACAGAUUGCAUACUACCUCCAGUUGCUCUGGACCAGAUCCGGGAGCCUCUGCACUUACUGAUGUGCAAGGGACGAAAGAGGGAACUCAGGAUAUUACAUUCGAAACACCUGAGAACAGUGAACCUAUGGAAUCAGAGGAAUCCAAGUUGGAAUACUGUUGUACCUUCUGCAACAAACUCUUUAAGGGAAGUCGCGUUGUAGCGCAUGCUAUGUUCCAUUAUCGUAAAGACGAGUGCAUGUUCUGUGGUAUCAUGUUCAAAGAUGACCUCCUGGCCAUGAUGCACCUGUCUGAUCAUAUUGAGAAGCUAAAGAGGAGCAAAGACUCAGCUGGUAACAGCACCCAAGAAAACUGGGUCUCUGAGACCAAAGAUACCACCACACCUAAGACCUCUGCCAAAGCUAAGACCACAACCGUGUCUUCUGGUCGCCGUAGUAGUGGGAGACCAAGAAAAUCUGCUGUCUGUCCUCUGUCAGUAAGCCUUCCAGAUUCAGCCCUACCUGGAUCCAGAAAGUUGAGAUCCAGUGGCAAACCAGUGGGAGAGCCGUAUUUCCAAGAAAAGAAACAAAACUUUUCGAAGCACCUUAAUAGUACAGCUGCUGUUCAUAAGGUAAAUGGGCACAUUGGCAAAAAGAGCGAGCUUGACAGAUUGAAAAGGGACCCCUUAAACUUGGAAGCUAAGCAGCCAUGUACACAGCAGGAGACUUCUCAAGAAGAAACAAGUGAUGCAACUGAGAAUCCCAAGUUGCAAGAAAACCUAGAUAAAGAGGUGGACUCAGCAACAUCAGUUCAGGUAGACAAAGUGUUUAGCUCUUCCUCUAAUGAUAACAUGGAGACAGAAUCUCUGCAGGUCCUAAAGACAACCACAAAACAAGUUGUUGAAGAGAAAAACCUGGAGCUACAAAAGAAAUUUUGCUGUCCUGUGGAUGGUUGCGCUUGGUUUGCAGACCUGUCCAAAAACCGUGUUGCACUCUUAUACCAUGCUCUCGAAGAUCACUAUGGUGAGGUCAAGCCUUUACAACUGGCAUUCCGUAUUGGAAAAAACAGAUGUAGUAUUUGCAUGAGGGUUUUGUGGAGUUUUGAACAUUUUCAGCACCACGUUGAAAGACACAAACUGACUCCUCGGCAUCCUUGCCUUCAUCAGGGUUGCACUGCCAGGUUCAAAACUGGAAUGGAAAUGAGACGCCAUGCCAGGAGGCACAGUCCGCUGCAGGCAGUGUGCUGCCUCCCUGGUUGUUCUCAACUAUUUAUUUGUCUCUGGGCACUGAACCUCCAUGAAAGAGAGCACUAUGCUUCCAAACCCACUAAACCUAUCAAAGCCACAAAUAAGCAAACAGGUGACAAACAGUCGGAUCAUAAGACAAAAAAUGAAACUGCUACCACUACUGCAAAUAGGACUGAGAGUGUAAAGGCUACUUGUAAAUCAAGAGGACAAGCUACACAUAAUUCAUCAACAGAAACACAUGUUAAGGCUCCAUCUCCCACUAUUGUUAGAGCAUCUCUGCUGAAGCAGGAGUUGGAAGGGAGCAGUGAGACCAAGGAUUCACAUGUCUUGAAGAACCUUUCUAACAAGGACACCUCCACACAGCCCACUGGCCCGAAUCUGAGAUUGAGGCAAACGUUAAGAAAAGUUAAAGGAACAAAUACAACUCUGGCAGUGCUCAAAAGUCACAAAGUGAUCCCAUCGUCAUUGUUAAAACACAGUUUCAGACUGAGGCAUAAGUUCAAGAAAAAGCAGGUCAAAGUAAACACUAAAGGUCCUGAGAGAAGAGGGCGCCCUCCGAAGUCAAAGAAAGCUGUGCAUGAUGAAAACACUACUACUGGUCAAAACAAUGAAUCUGUGAAAGAAAAAAAUGAUCAGAGGAGCCCCGCUCAACUUGCAAGCCGUUCUAAAGCAGCAGAACCUUCAAAUGUGAGCAAGGCAUUGAAAGAAGAAAAAAUGAGUCAGCAGGUCCAAGAUGUUGUUAAAACUACAGAAACAUCAAUUGAUGAAUCAAAGUCGAAGAAGUCUGUGAACAAGCAGAUCAAGAAGAAUCAUACUAAACAGAAGGGUGUCUCACAUAAUACCUCAAGACCUACUGUGACAGCUAACCGUUUAAAUCAAUCAGUCACCACCACCUUAGCAGACAAAACACAGAAGUCAACCACUGGCAAAAUGAAGAAAGAUGGUUGUCAUCCUGCUUCAGACUCGUGCAAGUCAGAGAAGCGCAAGGUUUCAAAUGGCAAAGCCAACUCAGAGAUGAAGAAAAAAUGUCCCCUCAAAGAAUUAGGGUCUGCCUCGAAAAAGUGUGCAAAGUCAAAUUCUGCUGUCCCAGGGGUGGAGGCCAAGCCAGCAGCAACAGCAACAGCAACAGUAGGAAAUUCUGCUGAUGAGGAGGGAAAAGCAAAGGUAGAAAACACAGACUCAACACAAAAGCCCUCUGGUAACUCUGUGCCUGCUGUCCCAGCUAACUGUUUAAAUGAUAUAUCGGCACCACCCACCACUUCAGGAGAGAAAGCGCAGAAGGUCACAACAGAAGUAAAGUCAAAGAAAGCACACGUGAUGAAAAAGGAAAGAAAUAAAGAAAAGAAUACUCGUACCACCUCUUCAGAUGCAGGCAAGACAAAGCACAAAGUUACUCAUAAAAAAGGGGACAAAAAAGUGGUCAAGGAGAGACAGCCAUGCAAUGACGAGAGCAAAUCAUCUGUUUUGAAAAAGACAGCCAAGUCAAAACCUGUCGUCCAGCAGUUCGAGGGUAAAGCAGCAGAAGUACAGAGUUCUCGGGAUGUUGAAGGAAAAGUGACAGAAGAUACAUCAGAUGCAACACUUGAGAGCUCUGGUUCCUCCAUCCCUGCUGCCACAGGUAGUGGCUUAAGUGAAAUAACUUGCCCACCCACUGCCACUGAAGAGAGCGUGCAGAAGGCAACAGAAAAGGAGAAAUCAAAGAAAUCUCAUGUCACAAAAAUGCUAGACCCCAACAAAGCAAAUAAGAAGCGCAAGCUUAUUCCGAAAGAUGGUGACACAAAGACUGUGAAGAAAAAGUGCAAACAUCAGGGUGUUCCAUCAGUGUCUCAGAAGCCGGCAAAGUCAGAUACUGAGGUCCAACUGCUCACUGAGGUCAAAGCAGAGGUAGUGGAGAGCUCUGUAGCUGAGGAAGGGGAAACUUCAGCAGAUACAGCAGAGUCUACAAUUAGCAGCCCUGGUUACUCUGUGAUAAUGAAUGGACAAGCAGCAACUGAAGAUGCAAAAUCUACGGCAUGUAAGGACGCUCUUGCAGAGUAUAGUAAGAGGCCAUACAUGCGUCCACCACCUACAGCGUACCUGGAUGAGAAGUACAUCACCAUGCCGAAACGGAGGAAGGAGAUGUCGGGUUUCCACUCGUUUCAGAGAAGUCUCCCCCCUGAGCAGGCAAAGGUUGCAACAGCUCUGCAGAGGCAACGAUGCGCCAACUGUUUUGCUACUUUCAACAGUACCGAGGAUCUGCAGAGUCAUCUCCAAGUGAAGAAGUGUUCAAGCCUCUUUGGAUUUGACUCUGAUGACGAGAGCAACAGUUGAGCAUGUCAAAUGAAGUCAAGGUGAAUUGACGUGGAUUGAAUAUAGACUGACCUGUGGACCUGCGUGGAGCCCCUGGAUGGAUUAUACCUCAACGGAUCAGUGCUCUCUGGAUGACUUGUUCAUUACUAUGGGCAACGGCCUGUGCAUCUGGGGACUGAGAAGGCGAAAGUGUUACCAGAGUUUUCCUGCAGCGUGUGCCUGUAAUGCAAGGCCGGGAGCGGCUCGGACACGAGAACAAGCCAAUCGGAAAACGACAACAGAACCGAAUUGCAGUCAGACUGUUAGCAGAACAGCUAGUACUGAAGUGCCUGCUCUGGAACUGCCGUGCUGAUUCCAGCUGCUUCACCUGGUAUGGAGAUUAAGCAUUAUGGCUUAAAAACCGGACUUGCAAAAGCUGUGACAAAAAAAGAAAAGAAAAAAAUGACUCAAGAUGACAAGGCUGCUCCUGCUUUCACUAGGAUACAUAUUUUUCACAUCAGUAAGCCAUAUAAUGCCAUUAUUUGCUUUUUGCACUCUUCAUAAGAUUUCUCAGUUUCUUUCUGCUCAAACUAAUAGAAAAUAUGUUUCAUCUAAAUGCUAUAUUAACACCAUGAAGUUACUUAUAGAUUAGACUGAAUCUAAACUUUGAAAAGCUUUAAGAUUGCUGUAUCAUCUUUGGGAAUUUUUAAUGUUUAAUUCUUGUUAAAAUACUAAUUGUAUUUCUUGUACAAAGUUCCCAAUUGGGUUGAUUUGGUCUGUGCUUGUCCUCACCAUAAAUAACCAGAAGGGGUCAGUGUGGACCACAUCUUUUUUUGCAACAGAAGGAUUUCUACAUAGACAGCUGCCCCACUGCAUUUAUCAUUGUACAGACUCGAGAAAUUUCUUCAUUGCAUCCAUCAAGCUGUAUUUCCUUUAGCAAUAAUGAUCACAAAACGUGCCAGUAUCCUGCUAAUAUGUUGCUGGCUUCAGUCACUCACUGACUCACGUUCUCUAUUAUUCGCUGUUGGUAAAGAAGCUGACAUACCGGCUUAUAUUAUCUUUUUCUCACUAAAACAUAGAUAAACUGUCCAAGACCAUAGAGACAUUAUUUUUGUUUUAGGGUGUAUGCUCUCUUUUAUUUUCAUUCGAACUAAACUACUACAGUUUUAAGUGUUAGGGGGAGGCCACACCAGUCUUUCAUGAGCAGCAGCAGGUUAUAUUUAUUUAUGUUUUAUUUUCUAUCUUUUGUAAAUAUUUGAAGAGUUUCAAUGGCUUGUUAUAUAAAGGGGUGUCAGCCGGGUUUAUAUUUUGUUCUUGAAGAAAAAAAUAAAACAUUUCAAAUGG